AUGAAGCUCAUUUUCGCUCUGAGCACGCUUUGCUUUGCCAUGGGGUGCGCAGUCGCUGCACCGCUGAUGCAAGCAUUCGACCCCAGCAAGGACCCUGGACUCAACAAGUUCGCAUUUGCUGAUCUCGUACCUCUGACGAAGGAGAAGCAUUGGGAGCCUCGCAAGCUUUUCGUCCUCAAGCCGAAUGCCAAAUGGAUGCAUUUCGUGACGGACGAUGUGCCACCUCCCCGCAGCGGAGGCGUGCACGCUCGCGGCUGAGGUUCAGAAACAGGUGGUUCACAAACGAGCGUGCCCUUCGUCGUUUCUCACCACAAAUACAAGCUGCAGUUCCACGGUGAUCGACGAGGCGCGAGCUGGAAGCAAAGUGGGAUCACCGUGCUUGGAUGGACAUCUGGGCCCUUCGCCCACACGUUAGUCACUGCUUCUGGACUGAGGCUACUCGAAUCCACUCAAUCGUGCACACUUCCACCUCACCCAAGGUCGGCAGCCGUAGCACGUCUUGAUACUGCAAUUGGAGGCGUUUAGAGGGUAGACGGUACUGAUCCAAUCUCUCCCAACUGGCCUGAGCAAAUGGCCUGGUAAGCUCAGUGAACUGGACUGGCUAUGCAUGCAUGCAUGGGUGGAGUGAACGCUCGGCCAAAUAUACCGACGCGAGUGUACCAGCUGCCUCUUUCAGCCCACGAUUGCGCCGCGUCCCGGUAGCCUUUCCCUUGGCGCUCGUCCAGUUAUUGUAAAAGCUAGACUUUUGAAGACGAUCGCGUACUGCUUCAGCAUCGGCUCGGCAUUCGCACUGCCGCUCAUCUUGUCACCGACCAUCGACGGCAAUCCCGUGCUGGAUAAGCAUGCAUUUGGCACUCGGUGGGACGAGCCCGUGACGAGCUACAUGAAACCAGGAGGCACACCGAGUCUCACAGACUCGCUGCUCUUGUCGGCCAAGAUCGCGGGGUCGUCUGGUGGCAAGCGUGCUGGCCAGAUGGAAGAGAAGAGGUUGCAGGAGUACGCUGAUAGCUGCCCCUUGGGCAGCCCGGGAGUUACCCCAAGAAUCCUGAACACCAUGGUGGUCAAGGCCACGCACAACAAAAGGAGCAUCGUGGCAACCGAGAAAACCACCAAAAAGCUGAGAAGCACUCGAAAGUGGUAA